AUGGCAAAGGGAAUCGUCAGCGACAGUCCUAGCGUGACUGUCAACGGCGACGUGAGAAGCAUGGCACGGGCCCAGAGGAAAUCCGCGAGGAACGAGAUGGCACAAUUGAAUAUGACCACGAAAUAUACGUACGAGGUUGGCGGGAGCUCGAACUUCUCGUACCCGAUUUUGUCCAGCAAAACUAACGGUGGCCAUAGAAACAGCAGGUUGAAGAUUCCAACGAAACCAAAGAAAAGUCUCAUGAACGCACCAGACAAGGCAAGAAUAUUGCCCAAAACGACGUACUGUUUGGUUUCCGCUGGCGAUGGGUCAUCGUUGCGGGUGACAAGAACAACGCCGACAAACGACAUCAAGAUAGAGGCCAGCUUCGUUUUAUUGAUGCGCUCAAUCAGGAACAGCGCACCAACUAUCAUGGUGAAGAACGACGACGUUGACGACAAGAUGGUCUGCGAGGACACAGAGGUGUAUAGUAGCGAUGCGUUUGUGACCAAAUUGGACAGAAACCACAGGGUGCAGAACCAGAAUGCCAAUUGGAUCGUCUCUUUGACGGUGAGCGGUAGAUACUCUGCGUCGAGGUCGUAUUCCGUAUGGUUUGACAAGUGGUAG